CGCGUUCCCGGCCCGGUGCCCCCGGCGGUGCCGGGGCUGGGGACAGCAGCGCCCGCGGCCCGGCUCUUCCCCGGCGGUUCGCAGGUAACCACGUAGUGGUGACUCUCAAGGAAUUUUCCCCUUGCUUCUCCUCAAGGAGAAGUAGGUCCUGAGCAAGGAUGGAGCAGCCAGCAGCUGCUGACAAGAGCAGAGCCAUUCCCUCACCAUGCCCACCUGAGGCCAACGCCGCUGAUGGCUCAUUCUACGUACGCCGCUGCAUCACUGAGGAUCCCAGUUGGUCCCUGGUCACUGUCCCCCCCCUCACUGAGCUCUGCCUCCAGCACAUCGCUCACAAUUUCCAAAACAACCCUAUUUUGAACUGUCUUCUGCCUGAGGACCAAAAGAAGGUGGUGGACAGGCUCUCCACGAGCCUUCCACUCACUGUGACUGCCAAUACAAUAAGCCAUGAGGACUACUGGAAGAGGUGCUGCAUGGAGCGCUGGCAAGUGUGUGACGUCUCCUACUACGGAGGCAGCUGGAAACGGAUGUUCUUUGAACGUCACCUGGAGAACAUUCUGAAGUUUUUCAUCCCUAACACCACAGACCCCAACGAGGUCCUAGAGCUCAUCCCGCUCUGCCAAGGCUACGUGCGGAAACUGGAGAUUGAUCAGUUCCUGCCACCUCUGCGGGUGGAUCAAAAGGAGGAGAGCAGUGACCUCUCUGACACAGAGGAUGAUGCUGAACUUGGCGAGGUCUACAUGCAUCACUAUGACCUGAGAGAUCUCAUUCCUGAUCUCCCUCACCUUGAAGAACUUCAUCUCACUUAUGGUGUGAAGACCUGUGGCAUGAACUUUGAGUGGAGCCUCUUUAACUUCACUGAGCUGGAUUGCUCCAACUUGGCUGCUGCAGUGAAGAUGUGCCGUAACUUGAAAGUUUUCAAGCUGACACGAAGCAAAGUGGAUGACGACAAGGUCAAGCUCCUGGCCCGUAACUUGCAGUACCACCCUUGCUUGUUGGAGCUGGACUUGUCCCACAAUCUCAUUGGGGACCACGGGGCACAAGCUCUUGGCAAGAUGAUCAGCCACAACAGACUACAAAUCCUCAAUCUGUGUAACAACCAGAUCUGUCACCUGGGGGCUCAGGCUCUUGCUCAAGGCCUGGCUGAGAGCUCCACCCUGACCUCCCUGAACCUGCGCCUCAACUUCGUGGAUGACAAAGGCGGGGAGGCGAUUGGCCGUGCCCUGCUGACCAACAAGAGUCUCAGAUCCCUCCAUCUGGGAAGUAAUAACCUGUCAGAGCCCACCGCAGCAGUGUUCUCCCAGGUCCUGGCUCAGAACACCACUCUGAGGAGCAUCAGCUUCUCAUGCAACCACCUGAGGCUGGAUGGUGGGAAGAAGCUGCUCGAAGGUCUGGCAAACAACAAGACACUGACUGAGCUCGAUCUCCGGCAUGCAGAGGUGGAUCAGGAGACUGAUUUCCUCAUUCAUGAAAUUGUGUGGGCCAAUCGGGAAGCGGCGAGGCGGGGAUCUCAGCAGCACCCCGCCACUGAACCCCUCUGAAUAAAGUGCUCCAGAGAGCAAUGAGCUUUGGGUGUGCAGUCUUUUACUUCAGGGUCUCGGUUUUAUUUGCUUUUCUGAGAAACCCUUGACUUGUGACUGCCACCACAGCCUUUCCCAGACCCCCAUCAUCCAACCUGUGGCUUAACUGGAUACAUUAGAUCCCAAAGCACUGUAGUGGCACCACACAGCAACCUGCCUCUCAAGCCCUCUCUCUCACUGCACCCUAAAUCUCACCUCCCGUGAUGCUUUUAUAAGCUCCAGCAGCAAGCUUAGCUCAGGCAACUGAAUAUUGUUUUACCUGUAAAGCAGCUAAGAUGAAGUCUCUGCCACCUAAAUGGUCUAGUCCAGACCUAACUUUUAGGUUUUGCUGAGGAUGUGAGAGGCAUAGAGGAUUGAGGGAAUGUUGUUUCUAGUUCCUCAACAGCUUUUUCUGGCUCUUGCUCAGCUCAAUAAUCUAUUUGUACUUAUAGUAAAAUCUGUCUGGAGUCUGAUAUGGGUGGUGAAAAGUAAAUAGAAAUAAAUUCAAUAGAUCAAGAGGUCUCACCACUGUGGUUUCCUGCUUUGGGUUGCUCUGCUUUUGAUCAGUGCUAGCCUGCUUUCCAACAGGUGAAUUCUUUACAACCAGGUGCUUACCUUACCUAGUAGUGCUCUUCUGUGCAAACCUGUCCAAAACAAUCUGUGUUUUGCAUAACUUCAAGCUAGAGGGGCCCCUUCAGGACUGCUGGCCCACAUAGCUCACAAGUUUGAAAACAGUGCAGCUUCCUUGGACUCAGCAAAAUGGAGCAGCUUCCUUUUGCUCUACAGGCUGUAGUCACCUGAGGAUGGGACGAGGCACAUACUUGAGUGAGGUGGUCCAUUGACCACCCUGCUCAGGAGAUAUCAGGGAAUUAAGCAAUUGGGUUUACUUCCAUCCCCUCCCACUCUCUGAGCAAUGCAGGAGCUUCCCAUGCCUCCCAGCCCUGCCCAACCAGUGCUCACAGACCCACUGCUGGCAACCACCUCAGUGAAUCAUCUGAAACUUUUAUUACACCGAUUUGGUUUACAAUCUUUGUACUUUGAUAUUUCCAACAAAAAAGGCAACAUUGUGAUAUACUGUUUGUACAUAUAUAGAGAGACAGACAGAGCUAGAUCAUAUUGACAGAGUUGAAAAGUAAAAACCGUUUCCCAGUGUUCACAAAAGAAUUUAUUCACCACGUACCCGCUUCUGCCUUGCCCUGCCUGAUGGAUACAGACACCGACAGUGCCACUGGCCCCUGGCUGACAGGACCUUCACCUGCACCCUGUCACGCCCACGUAGAUCAGAAAGGAUGGAGUACAAGGCUGCCCUGACAGCAGGGGCCACACAGGGGGUGCUGACAGGGCUCAGCCCCAAGCCCUCACAGGUUUGUGUAGCUCCCUUCCCAACUAUUGAUGGAUGCUCCAGCGGCUACGUCCAGAAGAAUUCCUAACCAGCAGUAGCAGCUGUGAAACCUCCCUACCUGGGCAUCUCCCACUACUUGUUUCCCAUCCUCGAGACCGAGGUAUUGAAUAUACUUAUUUAUUUUUAUUUGCAUUUACAAAAUAUUUUCACUGGAUGACACACCUCAAUGAGAUGAGAACUCAUGUUCAGAAAUAGCAGAAAAGACCCAGAUCAGCAUCAGGCUGAUGAAGCAACAGCUCCAGCAGCGAGGGUGGGGGUUUAAUGGGGGUGGCCUGGUCCUAGGCAAGCCUGCCUGUAGCUCCAAGGACAGGCUGCAGCUGGUCAGCCGGUUGUGCAAUGAAAGCUCAUGCUUGGUGGGCAGCAAUGAGAUCCUGCAGACAUGCUAGCAGACAUGAGGAGGAAUUGGCCACCAGAGCCAGUGAGGACAAGGGACAGAAAGAAAAGGGCUUGGGAAAACAUGUCAUCACCAGAACAACUUCGGACUUGCUUUCCAGGAUAUUCACUGCUUAUUUUCCUCCUAACAGCUGAGACUCUUAACACCUCUUAAGCACCCUUCAAACCCACUCCUGGGCAGCCACAUGCAGGAAUGCCUGGAUAGGUAACUGUUUCCUGGAGAAACUCUUUGCUCUCUCUCCCAUCAAUCUCUUGGCCAAAAAGCUUAGUUCAAACCAAGCAGCUUGCACCACUUGCCCACAGCCAAGACCAACAGUCAACUAUCUGCCAGUCUGCAAGGGUUAAAACCAUUUCAAAUGCCACACACUCUGGCCAGACAGCAACAGCAGACUGUUGGAGUGUGAACAUUUCUGCUGCUGGUGGGUCACUUGUCAGCUUUAGGUCCAGCUACCACAGGGUGGGUAACAAGCUGGUCACUCUGUGCUGAGUGCAGGGCCAGAAGAGACAGCUUAGCUCUCCCAUGAGAUCCAUCUCCAAGGAGUACUGUCAGGCUUUGAGAAGAGGGGGUCAUUUGUGGGCCUCCAUCUGGAGAAGGGAAUGAGUUUGGGCACUGCCACCACCCACCAGCGCAGCAGCAUCAGCAGCACUCAGCAGAGCCAAGCUGGGAGCACCCUCACCCAUGGGUCUGUGCCAGCAAUGGAGAGAGACAGGGGUGGCCAGAAGGUAAAGACGGGGGAAUGCCACGAGGGCUUGCUCUGGGGCUGUGCCGGCGGGUGUCCCAUCAGGCUGGAGCAGGGACACCCGGCUGGCUCCCUCCCACAGCAGAUGGCGAGCCCGGCUUCCGCUGCUCUGAGCAGAGCGCACGCGGCAGCAGGAGACAGUGGCCAGCUUCCCAAGCCUGGCAGCUUCGGCUCAGAGACCCAGGCAUCGACUUGCAAGGUGUCACACUGGCAUAUGUCACAAACAGGGUGGCAGAUUGAUUUUGAGCACCGACUUGGGGAGGAGGAGCAGGCUGCCACAAUGAUGAGCAGAGGCUGUGCACAGAAAUGGUUGCUGUGUUCAUCCUCCCUUUGCUCCUAUGGAGCUGGAUUUGUCUAGGCUGAGCUGUCCCUGCCCAUUUGGUACCUGCUGGCCCUCUGCAUCUGCCAAGGUGCUGGUGGCUGGGGUUCAACAGCACAGGGGGUCCUGAAAAUGGGGGUCCUGUGCUCUGCCUCUGGGACAGCACAGUGGGGUGAGGAGGAAACAGCACGCUUCUAAAGCAUAGUGCCAAGAACUCCUGGCCUGAAACACACCCAGACAACUAACACAAGCUCUCCCAGUCACUGGGGACCACCACUGUAUUGCAUCACCCCUACAGCACCUGUGCCCUGUGUCCAGCAGCUUCCCUCCAAACUCAAUCACCAGCUACCCCAUGUACCACUCUGCUGACAGGGCACUUUUGGCUAAUCUAGAUCCUUUCAUGCUUCUUCAGCUGCAUUGAAGAGGGAUGAAGCCUGAGCUCAUGUGGCUGGGAAGAUGAGAAGUGGCGCAGAGCCAAGCCCUGCAUCAACUUCUCUAGGUGGAGACAUUUCUGGAUGGCUCAGAAACGAAGUGUUCCUCCUCCCUACAGGGUAUGCCUGAAAUAGCCAGGCUUGUCAGAUCCCUGUCUCUGGCCGUGAUGGAUUAGCCCCUCCAAGGCACAAGGCAAUUUAUCCAUUAGUGACACUUACACCUUGUGGCUGCGUUAGCCAUCGUGGUUGAUGACACGUGCUCAAGCUGUCAGUGCUGGGCUUGGAGGCAACAUUGCUGCUCCAACAAUGCAGCAAGACAUGGCCUGGGCACCUCAGCUCAGGAAUACCUCCUGCCUUUCUCCUCAGCCAGAGCAUGCACAGAUUGCUUUGAAAAUCCACUGUAUUCCAGAGCUUCUCUAUCAAAUUCCCUGUUCCAUUUCUCCCCCACCCUCCUUGCCUUGCAGCACCGUUGCUCCAGCACCACAUCCUCCUGCCCCAUUUUGCCUUCUGUCUCCUGUAAAAGCCACCACCUUUGCAAAGGUUUUUACAGCUGUUCUCAAACAGCUCUCAUCCUCCCAUGUCUUGCUGAGCAUUCACAUCCUAUUCUGCCCUUUGUCAUCUGCCCUCAGCCCCAGUGGAGAAGCACAGAGCCCGCGUCGUCCUGCAACAUUUCACCACGAUGCUGUCCCCUGGUCCCACACUGCCACAACAGCUGACCUGCCUCUCCUCUCCUCCCUGGUCUGGAGACCAAGACUGCCAAAACAUCAAGGCCUUCUGUUUUCUAGCUUAGGAUGAGCGCUGCAAAAUUCUCAGGGAAAGCACAGAGUGAUGCCAAAGUGAUGCCAGGGUGUGCUGCGGUUGCUCUGAAGCAAGCAAGCAGUGGGCAUGCCAGGGCAGGGAGCACUGCUGGGAGGCUGUGCACAGGCAGGGCACGGUGUGGUCUGGCCACCAGCAUGCCUGUGGCCAUCAUGCAUCUGCUGGCAUUUCAUGGCUGGCCCAUGGCACCCAGCAGGGAGGGGACCAAAAUGAUGAGAAUGCACAGUCUCGGAGGAGUUCAGGGGAGGGGAGUGCUUUGGCUAGCUCAGAGGAAUGACAGUUUGCACAUCAGGUUUGGGGAGAGUGUGAAGAGCUGGAAAGCAUUGUCCAGGGAGCAGAUCCGGCAGCUCUCCAGUUUCAGGCAGCCAGUAAUGAAUUAGCUUGUUCUCAAACACAGCUUGCUCCAUGCUUUUAUCCCUGCUCCCUGCCACUCGCUGCAGCAAAUGUGACACUUCACACCAUCUCCUCACAGAAACCAGGUCAGGAGUUUCCCCUCAUGAGAACAAGCAAUGCUCUGUCACCCUGAAAAGCCCUUGCUGCAAGGUGGAUGGUGUCACCACACCAAAGCCACAGCCCUAUCAACCCUCUGCAGGGCCACAGAUCCCAGCUGUGCACGAGCACACAGAACCCCACCCUGCUACGUCUGAGUCGAUGGCAUGUCACACCCCCAGGGGCAGAGAAAGAUUUCAAACUCUGGCCUCCAUUCCUCAUCAACCUACCCCACUGCAAAGCCACAGGGCCACCAUCCUGAUCUGACUUGGGCAUUCCUUCUCCACCAGCACAGCACAUUACUUACAGAGAUGGAAGGAGUGGAGAGUUUAAACUCACAUCAUCAUCAAAUUUUUGUCUGUUUUUUUUUUUUUU